ACUAGCAGCACCCAAUCAUUCCCCUUUUAUAUAUAUAAAUAUCCACAAAUAAAAACCCUUUAACAGAAGCGAAACCCUAACCUUAAGGCUUAAAGCUAGCAAGAGCAGAGCUGCGGCAUUUCUUCCUCAGAAGACCCAUCAAACAGAAAUGAAGUUCAACAUUGCAAAUCCGACUACUGGUUGCCAAAAAAAGCUGGAAAUUGAUGAUGACCAGAAACUUCGAGCCUUUUUUGACAAGAGGAUCUCACAGGAAGUCAGUGGUGAUGCCCUCGGUGAGGAGUUUAAGGGCUAUGUAUUCAAGAUCAUGGGAGGCUGUGAUAAACAAGGUUUUCCAAUGAAGCAAGGAGUUCUCACUCCUGGGCGUGUUCGUCUUUUGCUUCACAGAGGUACUCCCUGCUUCCGUGGGUAUGGUAGGAGAAAUGGAGAGCGUAGGAGGAAGUCAGUUCGCGGAUGCAUUGUUAGUCAGGAUCUUUCAGUUUUGAACUUGGUUAUUGUGAAAAAGGGUGAAAAUGAUCUUCCUGGACUGACUGACACUGAGAAGCCAAGAAUGAGGGGUCCAAAGAGAGCAUCAAAAAUCAGGAAGUUGUUCAACCUGUCUAAGGAGGAUGAUGUUCGGAAGUAUGUUAAUACUUAUCGCCGAACCUUUACAACCAAAUCCGGUAAGAAAGUCAGCAAGGCUCCCAAAAUUCAGAGGUUGGUGACUCCUUUGACCCUGCAGAGGAAGCGUGGCAGAAUUGCAGAGAAGAAGAAGAGAGUUGCAAAGGCCAAGGCUGAUGCUGCUGAGUACCAGAAGCUGCUUGCCCAGAGGUUGAAGGAGCAGCGUGAGCGCAGGAGUGAGAGCUUAGCCAAGAAGAGAUCCAGGCUCUCUGCUGCUUCUAAGCCUUCCAUUGCAGCUUAACUGUGGUUUGGCAUUUUGGUCAGUAGUUGAAUGUUUGAUUCUGAAACUGUUUUUAUUUGUCGAGGUCAUUUUGAUUAUUCAAUUUUCUAGAGUCCGCCGAUGGUUUUUUGGGGUAUUGUUUUUUUAGUGUAUCAGUAUCACAUGAACAAUAUGUUUUGAAUGUGUUAUGACUAUGUUUUGGAUGUUUACCUACUCAAUUACUUUAUGAAUGGUUAAAUUUACUGAUUAGAUUA